AUGACGACAGCAACCGUCGCAGCGCAGCAGAGUGAGAACUUGGGACGGUAUCCCUGCAGCAGCAGCAGUAGUGGUGGCAGCGGCAACAGCGGCUACGCCACAACCACGGCCACCGGCACACCCAGCACGCAGCGGUUCACAAUGAACGACACUCAACAGCAGCAGCCGCAGCCGUUGCAUACGAUCGACCACAGCCCGCAACACCAGCAGCAACAGCAGAACACGAACGGUACCGGCAACAGCAGCAGCAGCGGUGGUCUCAGCAUAGCGGCCAACCUAGCCCUGCACGGUGGCGCCCCCUCCAACGGAAGCAACAGCAACGGCCCCGGCAACAGCAACAUCAACCACGGGAGCAGCAAACACCGCAGCGGCUCGCUGAACGAGGGCAAAAUGGAACACCACCAUCUGCGGGAGCAGCACCAUCAGUCCCAACAGCAACAGCAGUCGUCCUCCCAGCAGCAACAGCACCACCAUCAACAGUUACAGCAACAGCAUGCGCUACACAGCCGGCUCCGCGGCGUGUCGCCGACACCGUCCGAACAGCAGUACGCCCUCAAGUGGAACGACUUCCAGUCGUCGAUCCUGUCGUCCUUCCGGCAUUUGCGCGACGAGGAAGACUUUGUCGACGUGACGAUUGCCUGCGAAUCGCGAUCGUUCACGGCACACAAGGUUGUGCUGAGCGCCUGCAGUCCGUACUUUCGCAAGCUGCUGAAGGCGAACCCCUGCGAGCACCCGAUUGUCAUCCUGCGUGACGUGCGCUCGGAGGACAUAGAGAAUUUGCUUCGAUUUAUGUACAACGGUGAGGUACACAUCGGACAGGAUCAGUUAAGCGAUUUCCUCAAAACGGCCCAGCUGCUGCAGGUGCGCGGCCUGGCCGAUGGUACGACCGGCGGCAACCCGACCGGUGGCCGCACGUCGGCCAACUCGUCCAUGCUGAACUCCUCAUUAUCGACACCUGCCGUGCAGGAGCUGAAGGCAUCACCGACGUCCACCUCGUUACCGUGGGAGCUGCCGGACGAUACGAAUCCGGCACCGCCGCCCCAGAAGCGCACCAAGAGCUCGGAGCUGUACCGCAAGCAGCACGGUCUCAGCCCCGACGAUCCGAUCCCGCUCGAUCUGCUGCCGAUCGGGCAGCACCCGCUGACCCGGGAGCGCGACCGUUCGAAGGACAAGAGCAAGGACCACCACCAGCACCGGGGCUCGUCAGAGCACGACCUGCACCACCAUCACCACCACCACCACCAGCAGCAGCAGCAGCAGCAGCGCGAACGGGACCGAAGUCUGGAGCUCCGCGAGUCCCUGCUCGGGCAGGCGCUCGAAGGUGGACCGACCCUGACGGUCCCGUCGAAACAUCCCGAUCUGCUCUCGCUACAGACCGUGGCCAGCGGGGAGGAUUCGAACAGCAGCGACACGGCCGCCUCCGACCACGGUGAUGACAUCGAGGGUCUGAACGGCAACGUGGAACACACGCGGCCCUCGUUCCCGUUCCUCGGCCUGCAGGGCAUCCCCGGUCUGAUACCGGGCCCGUCCGGCAUGCAUGGCGACAAUUUCGAUGCGCGCCAACAUUGCGACGCGUUGAUCAAGGAGGAGAUCGACGACGCGCAGCGAAGCGACCUGUCCCCGUUGCGCACGUCUCCCGACAGGCGCAGUCGGGACCACGAGCGUGCCCCGAACGAUCUCGACUACGGCAGAUCGGGCCGCCAGCAGCAGCAGCAACAUCUACACCAUCGCCGUUUGGCGAAGCGAUUCAAACGCCACCAUUUCGAUCAUUCGCAGCACGCAGCUGCUGCGGCGGAAGCUGCUGCCCAGCGAUCGGGCGGGGUGGCAUUCCACGACGAGUCGGGUGACGAUCAUCGUGAUCGUGAGGCUGAGCGACGUGGCGCCGGGUUGUCGGCGCUCGACGACGCCCGGGAGGCUCUCGCCUUGCGGCGGCCAAUUACAAACCACACCGAAGUGCCAGCUCGGCGGAAGCCGACGUUCAGCGACAGUAGCAAGCUUGGGGGAAGCAACCACCACCACCACCACCACCGGUACGACGAGGACGAUCCCGAGGACGAAGACGGACGUCGUGGUCGAGGGGAACGGCGUGUUCCGGCACACGCCGCCGCCGGCACACACCGCCAUGGCGGCCACGGAGAGGAGGAAGAGGACGAUGACAAUAUGCGUGACGAGGAGGACGACGACGGGGAAGACGGGGCGGGUAGCGAGGAGAACGAGGUAGAUCUGAAGGUGGACGGCCGGUUGUCGGCCAUCGCCACCACGCUGGACAGUGAGUACCACAAGCGGAUGGCGGCGGCCGGCGUGCUGGCGGCGGCGGCUGCGGCCAGCGCCGUCAGCAGCAUGAACGGAGCGGCCGCCCUUGGCGACGCUGGCAGUGAGCAGGCGGCGGCCGACUUCUUCGCCGCCCACCACAAGGCCGGCACGCACGAGCUGGCCUUCAAGCAGCACUUCCUCAACGAGAAGGUGCGCCUGCAGGCCCUGCUCCAGCGGCAGGCCCAGCAGCACCAGCAUCACCACCACCAGAAGCUGGCCGGGUUUCUCCUCUCGACGGCCAGCACCCCUCCGACGCCCACUCUGACGCCCACCAGCGUGUUGAAUCUCGGUCAGGCGAGCGGCUCUGAUCAGCGUGGCGGCUCGCAAUCGCCGGCGGCCAGCGGCUGUCGGCCAUCGGCGGCUACGGCGGCCGCUAGUGGGGUCGGUAAUGCAUCGACCGGCGGCUAUGACUCGGGUGCUGGUGGAAACAGCAACGGUAGCGGCAAUAGUAAGCAGCAACCGAGCGCCUCAUCCGUGGCGGCCGUUGCAGCUGCAGCCGCCGCCGCCGAUCGCCUUUUUGCCGCCGCUUAUAGCAGUGGCGGCGGAGGUGGUGGUGGUGGCGGAAGCAGUGGUAGCUCCAGCACGAGCGGCAAUGGCACCGGAAGUGGCCAGGGCACGGGCCAGGUGUAUCUGCUGCCCUGUCCCCUGUGCGAGGUCCCACUAGAGCCGCGCGUUUUCCGACAACACCUGGACCGCCACUACCCUCGGGACAGUCCCGUGUGUCCAGUGAUCCAAUGUGGAAGGCGCUUCGCGCAUCCGAACUCGGUGCGCAAUCACAUGCGCCUGAAACACACGAAUCAGUGGGCCCAGAUGAAGGCGAUGCGCUCCUCCGGUGGCCCCUUCACAGGCAUUCCGUGA